AUGGAGGCUUCCACUGGGAGUCGACUGUUGGGAGAGGUUGAAGAGAUGAGUCUGGAAGAGAUGCUUCGGAGCCUGCGCUCGUCACUUACCUUUGACUCCAAUGCUUUUGGUGCCCCGACCCAGGCCCAACAUCAACCUCACGUACAACGGACAAAGUCGACACAUAUAUCCUCGCUCGACGAUAUUGCUGCUGCUCAUUUUCACACCACGAAAGCCCCAGGCAUCAGUAUAUCUGGCCGCCAUCUUCCGCUCCUCUACACGCUUAUAUCAAAUCUCAUCAGCCCACCACACCUCUAUGCCGUGCUGGUCAUUGACGUCGAGGGUCGUUUUGACGCCACUCGACUGACCUGCUUAUCCACCCAUAUGCAGCAUGUCUACAUUCAAAGACCAGCACGAGGCGAUCUGGAACAAGUACGUGCUCUUGCGGCUGAGGUAGAGGGCAUUCUCCUGUAUGGCGACGUAGCCCGAGCAAGUGCCAGUCGUGAGUGGUGGGGAACUAUCGUCGUGGGCGGACUAGGAGCUGGUGAUAUCGCCACGGGCUGGAAGGGAUGGUUGCGGGUCGAACGCGAGAAUGUUCGGGGCUUUACAUUGGGUAUAAGUGCCGAAGAAGCUGUGAGCCAGAAGGAACAGAGACAGGAUGUCGUGGACUCUGCUGGCUGGGCGGCUACCUCACAGUGGGGAGGGUUUGUCUUUCAGGAAGUUGACAGAAAACCCGAGGAUGGCGUAGGUCAAGGAGAUACUAACGGCGAGUAA